AUGUUAGGUGAAGAUCAAGUGAAGAAAAGAGCCCCAUCUACUAUUAAAAUUUUAACGGAAGAUACAAUUAAGAAGAGAGCUAAUGUUCCAAACAUCCAGGAAGUUAAAAACUUAAAUAUGUGGGGUUUAAAUCUUACAGAUGUUAGCAUUAUAGAGAAAAUGCCUGCUCUUGAGAAUAUUGCACUCUCAGUAAACAAAAUUCAAACAUUAAAACCAUUUGCAGCAUGCACAAAACUCAGAGAAUUAUUUUUAAGAAAUAAUUUAAUCAGUGAUUUUGAGGAGAUCGGAUAUCUUGUCAAUUUAAAGCAUUUACGAACAUUAUGGCUUAGCGAAAAUCCUAUUUCUAAAGAACCAAAUUAUCGUUCUAGAGUUAUUCAAAUGUUACCACAAAUCACAAAACUUGAUGAAAGCGAUGUUACAGCGGCUGAUAGAAUACCUGUCGAUAAGAUUCCAUCUGAAAGAAUUUCUCCUCAACAGCAAUAUUCAAAGGCUGAUAUUGAAUCUUUACCUCCUGUUCCACUAAAGCAAGAAUAUAAGCCACCUUCAGCACAUCGUAGUGUAAGCAAACCAAGAAAGAACGAUGCACCUGUGCUAACAGCUGUUCUUUCUUUACUUCCAGAAUUAUCUAUUGAUUCACUUGAAAUUGUACUUCACAAGAUUCGUGAUUUAACUCAAUAA